CUUGACUGCCUACAGGCAGUGCCCCCUGCCGUCCGUUGACGCAAACGGUCGCCAUGGUGACGUCAAAUGGCGAAUAUUCAAUUCCACAGUUUCAAAGUUGAACUCCUUUAGAUGACUGUUUUUAAACAUACCUUCAUUACUUUGUUUUUGUUUUUUCUUGUGGCUCUUGCUUGGAUUCCAGUUAUUAUUGUUGGCUUCACUAUAUCCAACAGAAGAGGUACUUGCUACUAAGAAACUUGUUUACCAUGGCACUUUCGUUAGAUUCAGCAACUCAGCAAGUCCAGGAACGCUUGAAAGGAAUCUAUAAAUUGGUAAAACAGAUCCAAGAUGAAAAGGUACGGAAUGAAGGGAACUUGAAUGCUGUCAUCAAAGCUCACGAGAAACUGCAAUCUGAUGACAAAAUCUCUCCUUAUCACAAAUCUAAACUUAAAGGACUUUACUGCUCUGUGGUAUCUGACGCUGAAAAGGAAGAAGAUCUUAUACGAAAAGCAUUGAGUAAAAUUUACGAAAUCCGAGUAAUUAGACAUGAAAGAAGGAUUCAGGCAAAGCAAGCUGGUAGCAAAGAGACAAUACGGAGAGGUGCUCUCAUGAAAAUGCUUCUCAUCACUGCUCAAACUCUUCCUCUGUGGAUCAGCAAGACUGGUCAGCAGCCACCUGCGUUGUGUGGAGCUGUUCCAGCCGAUCCAACUUACGUCGCCAAAUUGGGGGAUAUUGUGGCUGCGUUGGUCAAGAGCACAGACGGCGACGAAAACUGGAUCUUGGCUGAGGUCGUACAAUAUUUAGCAUCUUCCGGUCGCUACGAAGUGGAUGAUAUUGAUGAGGAACAAAAAGAGCGACAUACCUUGAGCAAGCGCAGAGUAAUUCCUCUUUCAUUGAUGAGAGCCAAUCCAGAAACUGACCCUGAUGCUUUGUUUCCAAAAGGAGCCACUGUCAUGGCUCUAUACCCACAGACGACCUGUUUUUAUAAGGCGGUGAUUAACCAAUUGCCUCAGACGGCUCAAGACGAGUAUCAAGUUCUCUUUGAAGAUUCUAGCUACAGCGAAGGUUUUAGUCCUCCAUUGAUGGUGGCACAACGAUAUGUCAUUGCAAUUAAAGAAAAAAAGAAAUGAAUUUUUAAAUACAUU